UAUCCGGUGUUAUGUGUCACUUCCGGCUGAGCUCGGGGUUGAAGCUAAACAAUGGCGUCGUCUAGCCAAGUAAGUAUUUUGUCUGUGUUUUUUUGUACCAGAUCACCUCGUGUACCGGAGUUUGUGUUUAUAAAAGUAUUUUGGUAUCUGUCAUCGACAUAGCAUACCAAUGAAGACUUUCAUUCUGUAUUUUCUUGACGUUUAGUUGACCGUUAAUCUAAAUCGUUGUACGCAGCUAACUGUUGCUAGCGGGGGCUAGAUUAGUUUAUGUCGUCGCAGGUCAUAAGAAAUUACUUUUUAAUCUCCCUUCGAUAAUCAUAUCUACCAGAUGCGUUGAAAUUUGUUUUGUUUGUAAAAUAAUCCCGUCGAAUAGUUUCGUUUCAUGUCACAUGUGGACUAAGUAACUGUCUUUUUCUAGGAGUCUGCUGCCGUCACUGAGGCAGAAGAGCGGACUGAAACUCUUCCCUCCCAGAAGAGAGAAGACAGACUUCGUAAAUUCAGAGAGUUACAUUUUAAGAGAGUGAGUAUUUUACCCUUGUUUACUCUACCUGGUUGAGGUAGACAGUCCAUGAAGCACUGACAGUUUUAAUGUCAUACUAAUGCAACAAAUCAGCAUGUCACCCACCCCCAGAGAUCGCGAGUCAGUGUUGCAAACGGCUGUUUUGAAAUCAAAAUGAUGUUUUUAUUUGGCUUUAUUUCACUGCAGAAUGAAGCACGUAAACUUAAUCACCAGGAAGUUGUGGAGGAGGACAAGAGACUGAAACUCCCGUCCAACUGGGAGGCCAAGAAAGCCCGGCUAGAGUGGGAGCUUGCCGUGGAUCAAAUGAAAAAGGUACUUCGUAUGUCUUACUUCCUCUGUACACUAUAUACUAACAUUAUGUCAACAUCUUAUCAACUAACAUACAAAAACGUAGUCACAGUAACUAAGCAAUAUAUAACCUCUGUUGAAAUAUGUAAACAGGACCAUUUAACAACUUAUCAAAGGCAGAGUGCAUCAAUAUCUAGUUGGCUGCCUCCCAAUAUAUGGCUGGAUCUCAUUAUUCAGAUUCAGAUUCUUUUAUUGUCAGAAUACAAAUACAGCCAAAUUUAAGCAGUCCUGCCUGGUGCAAAAUACAGCUAUAGUAAAUAAACAAAUAAUAUCCCAGCAGAAAUAGAUAUGAAGAAGAAAAAUAAUACAGCCAUCUGUACAUUUAGCUGGACAUGUUUGUAGAAUCAAAGGAAGUUAACAUGUACAAGAUCCUGGAUUUCUUAUGAGUGCUUACAUUACUUAUAAAAUAUCAAUUAAAGUAUUCAGACACAUUCUUCCUCGUAUUAAUUGAAUUACUCUUUGGCUUUCAGGACUGUGCUGCCAGAGGGGAGGAUUAUGACAGAGUAAAACUGCUGGAAAUCACCGCCGACGAUGCAGAGCGGUGGGAAAGAAAGAAAAAGAAGAAGAACCCGGAUACAGGAUUUGCAGGUUGGUUGAAAAACCUUUAGUUAGAAGAAACAUAAGUGUUCCCCUAUGUGCAGCUUGAGUGAAGAAAGUUAAUUUUUUUUUUUUAAGUGAAAGAAUUCAUGAAACGAUAGCCUACCUAUAGGUGACUUAUACUGGAGAUGUCUACACUAAAACCAAAAACUAUUGUACCCUUGGUGGUCCUAAUGUGUGCUCAAUGUCAAUGCACAACCGGACGAAAAGGGAUACAGUGGUUUUAAAAUCCUUUUUUUUACAAUCAUGCAUUUGCAGAGGAUGUCUUGGGUGGCAGUUUUGUUGCACACAUGUUUAAAUUUUUUGUGAUGUGACACACAGACUGCAUGCACUUUGUUCAAAGUAAGGGGCAACAUCCAGUGAUUGACACUUGUUGUAGAUUGUUUAUGAAAAAAACACUUUGUACCAAAUGUAGUAAUGUCAAUGCAGUGUAGAUGUAUGUAAUGUGGAUGUCAGUGCAAUGUAGAAAUGUAUCAGUUAUUUCAUUAAAAAGCAUCUGUACCUAGAUAUAGCAGGAAUUUAGAAACUGCCCUCAAAAAGUAUUUUUAAAAUUCAAAAUCCUUAAUCACCUUUUUGCGACUGUCAAUCUGGCAUUAAAAUCGACCUUGAAUCCGGAAUCUCUGGGAAAAUUUAUCUGCACAGGGAGUUGAAGGAUGGAAGGAAAGAAGAGUUUUGCUUUCCUGACCAUAUGUAGAUUGCUGGGCCUUACACCCUCUUGUUGUGCAUGGGUAAUCAUAACGCCGUUGAAUUUUCACUCCUUCUCACACAAUGAACUGCAGGUUAUGCUGAGGCUCAAUUGCGACAGUACCAGAGGCUCACCAAGCAAAUCAGACCAGACUUGGAAAGCUACGAGAGGCAGAGGGAAGAAUGGUGAGUUAAGCUUUUGUCCCAUCAUCCUUUACCACCAUGCUACACCAUGUAAGGUUCAAUACAGUUCUUUUUCCGGGUUUAUAAACAACUUUGGAGGAAUUUACUUCUGGUAGUUUUUUCUUGUUUUCCUAGAGGGGCAUAAAAUGAUGAGGACAUCCUGCUUUUAAGGGUAAAACUGUGAAAUUUUCAGCCAAUUAUCAUGUCUGAGUUUAUCCAUCAUGUGUGCAUAAAGCCUUUUCUGUAUGUUACCCCUUUGUUGCCUUGGGGUUGCUGUUUAUACAGCUUCUAACUCCUCAAAAGUCAUUGAGACUUAAGAUUCCUUGAACACUGUUAAAGAAUUUGAUGCCUGUAGGUUUUCUGCUUGACGGCUGACCCAGUAGAACCGUGACGGAUGCACCAACACAGUUUGCCCUGAAGCAGCAGCAUUAUCUCUCACUGAGAUGUCCAUAAUUGAAAUGAUGAAAAAGAAAAGGCCCUUUAAGUGUGCUAAAAUUGUGAUUAUCUGUGGUUGUGCUUUACUAAUCAAUUCACUGGUGCUCUACAGUGGUGAGGACUUCCAUCCCACGUCUAAUAGCCUAAUCUACGGUACCCAUGUUCCCACAAAGGACGGCAUUGACCGCAUGGCAGAGGAUGUUGAGAAACAGUAAGUCAUACUCAAAAACAGACAUGCUCUCCUGACCACUGGCCAUUUAUUUAAUGUUGCUAUAAGCAUAUAUGUGUAGUACCAGCCUAAAUUACCUCAAAACAAUAGAAAUGAUUAUUUUCAAAGGAAUGAAAUUUAACUGCAUUUAUAGAGGUUCAGAAUUUUCAGACCCGAGAAACACAGUCUGUAUAGAAAACAUGAAACUUCCGAACUUGAGCAACAAAUCGACUAGGCUCUGUCUUCUCUGCAACAGAAAUGAUCCAGGAGCACUGUUAAAGUUAUUUUCUUCAUUUGUAGGCAGACCUGACUUGGCUUGCAGUUUUUUCUUUGUACAAAUCUACAAAGAUUUUGUUAUUUAAACAAAUAUAAUCACAGUCAAAUCAGUCUCAGCUGAAGAAAGCCAUAAUAGAGACCAUGUGAAACUUACAAUCACCAGUGAAACUGAGGACUACCACAAACACAGACAGGUGGUUCUCCAUGGUAUGUCAUUGACCAAGAUUUUACAGCAUUCAUGUUGGAUAUAAAUACAUUGAGGAUUGCAUUCCGCCUUGCUUUUUUAAUCUGAACACAUAUUUGCUAGAAGAGGCACCAACUAUAACCAAUAAAUAAUUUACUUACAUUUAACUUUUAUCUUAAUAUUUGUUCCUUAUUAACCUUUACCAAGGUUUAUACUUCAUUGUAUUCUAAUAAAUGAUUUCAUUUUCCAUUCACUUGAUUUAAAAAAAAAAAAGCAAGUGUGAGGCUUAUAAAAGCCUGGCCUUACAUGACUAAAGUUCAGUGUUGGCCUGGUGUUCUUGGCACGGACGUAAUGGCAAAGGCAGAACACCAAAGUGAGCACUGGUGGAGAAAAAGAGAAUUACUGGGCUUGUCAAGAUUGGCUACGGCAAUAAAUCAUACCAUGAUUUGUUUAAAGAAGUUGGGUGAGUGGGGCUGUAUAGUUUGGCAAACCCUUAUUUAAGACACACUAGAGUCCUCUAUUCAGCCCCAGCAUUACUCUUCACUUUUUAUUGCCAUGCUCUUUCCAUAAACUGUUCUAUAUUUGAGAAAGUUUCACAUCUUGAAGACAUGGUGAAUACAAAUUGACAGUUUUUAAUGAUCAGUCUCCAAGCCAGAUUUAAUGCCCGAUUAUUAAUAAAACCAUUCUUUAUUAGAUAUGACAGAGGAUGUGGCAGAUACUGGUUUGAAAAAUUCACCCUAAGCUAUUUUUUAUUUGUUAUUUACAGGAUUGAGAAGCGAGCCAAAUACAGCCGACGCAGGGCCUACAACGAUGACGCAGACAUCGACUACAUUAACGAGAGGAACGCCAAGUUCAAUAAAAAGGCUGAGCGUUUCUAUGGCAAAUACACAGCAGAGAUCAAACAGAACUUGGAGAGAGGCACUGCUGUCUGAUGGGUCAUGUCACCUUUAUGAUAUAUUGAAGAUGUUGGUCCAGCUGUGCUGUCAUUUAGAAAGCUUAGAUGCAGCUUUUAUUUCUUUAUGCAUAUAUACAAAAAUUUGCUCCGUGUUGUAAGGGAACUAUUUAAUAUUAUAACAAGGUAAUCUUCAGCUUAAACAUCAUUCAAUAGUUUGUAAAAGUAAUGUGGACUUUUUGUACAAUUACAAUAUAUUUUUUUUUUUCAAUAAACCACCUCUUAUUAUCCAGUCAUCUAUGCUCUAUGUGUGUGGUUCAAUAUUCAAAAGAAAUGUGCUCAUCAGAAGUAUAAAAGUGUGGGUGCUUCAAGAGAUACAAACGCACAUUUUCAAUGAGCAGUUUACUUUUUGUCUGUGAUCUACAUCUCCUUUAAACCUCCUUGCCUCAAGCUGAGACAUGAGAAGGAAAGCCUUGUGACUGGGGAAGACAUGGAAACCGGUUCUCAUGCAAGUUUCACACCCUUGAAUUCAGCUUUUAGAACACAGGAGCAGUGCACCCUCUGCAGGAACGCAGCCCAAAAAUGAAAUAAAUCAUGUCAAUUUAUUCCAAGUCUUAUUCUCUAGUAUUCUACACAUGCAUGGCAAUCCUCAAACUAAGUCCAUUGGUUAUCUUUAAAGUUCAAUGCAAAAGCUCACAUGUUUGUCAUCCACAAGUUGUGGUAGAUAUCUGCCUUUCUUCUAUAUGAGUUGAGAAGUGGAUGUGGUAUUUGGAUUUCUGAUAUUGAUUUUUUUGUUGGUCUUUGAAUGUCCAGCAGAAAUUGGCUCAAGAGUUUUUUCAGGAACUAUAUUGCAUCGACAGUUUUGAUUAUUUCAGAGCCAAGUACCACUUAGUGUUCCCUUGUAAUUUAAAGUGGGUGAUAUAAAACCCGGUAAACUUAAUGCAAAGUCUAUAUAAAUAAUUUGGUGAGCAGAAGAGUUUGUCGUCUCAAAAAUAUGAGAAUAACUGAGCAGCAAUUCUUUGUAAAAUACAAGGUAGAAAAAAACUUGUACUACACUUAAUUAAUAUGCCCAUCGAUGAUUUUCAUGUGAAGCCAGUAAACAGUACCCUAGCACUUGUAUUUCCUGUACUUAAUUCUUACUGUCGGUGUUUGCAUGUCUUAUUUAUUUCAAAAUGAUCAAUCAGACUUACAGCAGGAGAUGUGGUCAGGAGACAUGAAACCCGUUUUCACAGGUUGAUUUAGGACUUUACCACUCCUCUGGCAGAAAUGUUACAAGUAGCACAAAGGUAUCAGUCUAAUUUGAUAGUCUGGCAUUGGCACGAUAUCAGAUUAGAAUUUUGUCAUUAAGAAAACUUUGAACAACUACAGGUCCAGGCUGAUUUAUUAGGAGUGUUCAUUUCUUCUUGAAACUCACAGCUGCCAUUUUUGGUCUAUACUGACACCAUGUGGUCAUCAGGGAUAUUGUUGCAUUGGAGGGACUAUUAUCACUAAUAAAAUGAAUGUAUAAAAUUAUAGACACUGAUAUAUCUCAGGGUUAUUUUAUCUUAUUUAUUCUUGAAACUCAGUUAUGGCAUCUUUUUCCUAAAACUGUACCUUUUUUCCCAAGUCAGUUAAAAUAGAUGAUGCAUUGUCUUGUCAAAACCAAAAAUAAACUGUAAUUUUAA